UUUUGGCCUUGCUUCUCUUUCCCAGCUGUCAGUGCUAAUCUAACGACAGCGUGUGCAUAGCCGGCAAGCAGCCGGAUAACCUACGUAAGCAAAGUAGUUUCCACAAACCACACACAUCCACCACUGGGACCCCAGCUAGCAACAUACCUAGCACUCCGUGUUGCUAUCAAGUUGACAUUCAGUUCUCAAAGUCUUGGUGAGUGCGGAGUGCUGCUGGCAGCUAGAGUAGAAUGCAUGUCUGACUGUACAGGUUGUACCGAACAAAUCCUGCUAUCUUCGGUGGCUCUGUGUUCCAUAAACCCUGUCACCAAGCUCCUCUUAACGGAUUCAUAGUUUGUUUCCUCGUCGGAUCUUUUUCAAGUUCGAACCACCUUCCAUCUUCCUUCGUUACAAAAAAAAACAAAACCCUGCGCUUUGGACAAAUUUUUCUUCAGUUACAGACAACCGUAGCGUAUCGUUUUCUGAAUCGGAUUAUAAUUAAUAACUCUUGUUCCUGCUCUGUGAAAAGACUUGCUGUUGGUGGGGAUUGAUGUGUUUAAAGGAAGAGUGACACUCGUCACGAAGGAAGGUGUUAAUCCGCAAUUAAGCCUCAACAGAGAACUGACUUUAGCAUACAAAAGAUUGUGUUGCUGACGCUACUACGCGCUGACUUCACCACGCCUAGAUCUCUAGCACCCCUUCUGCACAGAAGACUAAAGGUUCUGUGUACAAAGUCUCAGGUGCCUGGAGCUUGUCUUUGCGUUAAAUACUCAACACGAAGGCUUAAAUCCCAGUCAAGUAGGUAUAGACUCCUAGCCUAUACAUAGCUCGUGCUUUAGUUAAGUUCGCUGAUUGAUAGAGUAUGGACUUCGCCAUGCCACCACCACAAGCACCCAAUGCGUGCUAGAUGUUGGUUAAGAUACACAGGAACUACACUAUUCUCGCCACACAACCUUGCAAACGUUGAAAGUUCAUCAGUUCAGCACCCCUCAACGCGUGCGGCAUCCCGCUAAUGUUUUGAAUACCGUGUUUCCAACGAACUAGUCAGCUGUUCCGAUAAGCGAGUAACAAGAUAUAAACACCUUGCAUUCCACGAGUGCAUCGUAAGACUUCCAGCAGCAGUACACGGGGCGAUUUCUUGUCGAGGAACCCACCACGUCAGGUCGACUAACACCAACAAAUUGUACGGGCUAAGUAACAACCCUGUACACGGUCAACUUCAUCGUAGACUUCAAAGAUCUUUCUUGGAGCGAGUGACUUGUAUCUUCUCUCAUCUAUCCAUCGGCUCGUUGAAGAUGGUGAAACAACAAAUCUUAACCCAGUAUCUUUAUCGGACGUUUUUCGUUACCGUUCUUGGGCUGUGCUUGCUUCAUGUUCGGUCGAGCGAUGCACACGACUCCACGGAUGAUAAGGUAAAGUUAACUCGGCACCAUCACCCCAAGGAGGUUGACGAAGAAGGCAACAAAGGAGGACACAAGGGAGAUGGGAAGACAUUCUACUGGGAGUCCAGUUUUAAAGACGAGGAUUUUGCAGAUCCAUGUAAAGCGGACGGUUACCUUGGAGAUAUUGCCCUCACAGAAGAUGACUACCGCCGGGAAGUCAACUUGUACAAACAAAAAAGGCAGGAGAGUCGAGGAGAGAGGGCAAAGACUGGAAGAGCAUUGGACAAACAGUUGGCAAGAGAUGAGAAAAUUGAAGCGCGGGAAAGACGGAGGCAAGCUAAAUUGGAGAAGAAGGCAUUGAAGGAGGAGAAGAGAAAAGCACGUAAACAUCCGAAUCUACAAACCAUUCAAAUAAUUGAAGAAGAUGAGGAGGCUGAGAAUGAAACAGAGGAAACCAUGGCAACGCAUCAUAGAUCAACCAGAGCUGUGACCUCAAGACCGGAGAGGAAGUGGCCUUAUGGAGUCAUACCUUACAUCAUUGAUGGAAACUUUACAGGUUCUCAGCGCGCAAUGUUCAAACAAGCCAUGCGGCAUUGGGAGAACUACACGUGUAUUACAUUCGUGGAGAGAGACCCACAACAGCAUAGGAACUACAUCGUCUUUACAUACAGAUCAUGCGGAUGCUGCUCCUUCGUCGGGAUGAGAGCUGAAGGAGCUCAGGCCAUCUCAAUUGGCAAGAACUGUGACAAGUUUGGAGUAGUGGUCCACGAGUUGGGCCACGUUGUUGGGUUCUGGCACGAGCACACGAGACCCGAUCGAGACUCACAUGUCACCAUCGUCAAGGAAAAUAUCCUCCCAGGACAAGAAUACAACUUCAACAAGCUUCUCCCGGAGGAAGUGGACUCACUGGGUCAGCCCUACGACUUUGCCAGCAUCAUGCACUACGCGAGAAACACAUUUUCUCGCGGGAUUUGGUUGGAUACCGUGAUACCGAGGCGAGACUCUGAGUCGGUUGCCAUGCAGGAGAUUGAGAUCGGACAACGGAAACGACUGAGUGAAGGGGACAUCAAGCAGGCCAAUUUACUCUACAAGUGCCCAACCUGCGGCCGAACACUCCAAGAAACAACAGGAAAUUUCACUUCUCCUUCGUGGCCGGAUCCCUACAAUAACCGCGAGUCUUGCGUCUGGAGAAUCUCAGUAACUCCCGGAGAGACUAUAGUCCUGGUCUUCGAUGAUUUUGAGCUUGUUGGGAGCGAUGACUGCUGGUACCACCAUGUGGAAGUGCGGGAUGGACACUGGAGGUUUUCCCCUGUUUUAGGACGAUUUUGCGGGAGUUCCGUCCCCGCGACCAUCGUAUCAACAGACAGCCGGCUCUGGAUCGAGCUGAAGAGCUCACCCACCGGUAAUGCCGUCAGUAGAGGCUUCUCAGCCCAUUACGAAGCAAUUUGUGGAGGAAACAUCUCCAAGGAAACAGGAAUGUUACAGAGUCCAAACUAUCCGGACGACUAUCGACCAGAUAAAUCCUGCGUGUGGUUACUGACUAUGCCGGAUGGAUUCCAAGUCGGACUCAACUUCCAAUCAUUUGAGGUGGAGAGACAUGACAACUGUAUUUAUGACUACGUGGAGGUACGAGACGGUCACGAGGACGAAUCCCCACUCAUCGGGAAAUACUGCGGCUAUAUACUACCGGAAGAUAUCAAAUCGUCGAGUAACAAACUCAGGGUGAAGUUUGUCUCCGACGGGACGGUUAAUAAAGGAGGUUUCUCGGCGGCUUUCUUCAAAGAGGAUGACGAGUGUUCGAGUGAAAGCUCUGGAGGAUGUGAGCAGAUCUGUGUUAAUACCAUCGGGAGUUAUCAUUGUGAAUGCGAGCCAGGAUUUGAACUCAAGUCAGACGGUGUCUCAUGUGAAGUUGCUUGUGGAGGUUUCUUGACGAGUCUUCAGGGAAAUAUAACAAGUCCUUCGUAUCCAGACCUCUACCCUCGAGACAAGAACUGCGUGUGGCAUCUCGUGGCUCCAUCCUUGUAUCGUAUCUCGCUACAAUUCCUUAGCUUCGAACUAGAAGGCAAUGACGUGUGUAAAUAUGACUAUGUAGAGGUCCGUUCGGGACUGACUGAGGUUGGGGAUCUUCACGGCAAGUUCUGCGGUGACGAGCUACCAGAGACCAUCACAUCUCGCUAUAAUAACAUGAGGAUUGAGUUUAAAUCAGACAGCACUGUCGCUAGACCUGGAUUCUUCGCCAUGUUCUUUGCAGAUAUCGACGAAUGUGAGAAGAACAACGGUGAAUGCCAGCACGUAUGUGCGAAUACACUGGGUAGCUACACAUGUACAUGCAGGAAUGGCUUCACACUACAUGAAAACGGACAUGACUGCAAGGAAUCUGGAUGUAGGCAUGAUAUUCGAGCGAGUCACGGCGAGCUGACCAGCCCAAACUAUCCCGAUAACUACCCCAAACGUAAAGAGUGUACUUGGCACAUCUUUGCCACGCCUGGUCAUAAAGUAGAAUUGAUUUUUAAUGAUUUCGAUUUGGAGCAACAUCAGGAGUGUGCUUAUGACCACGUGAUCAUCUAUGAUGGCGACUCUUCGGACGGCCAUCAGCUGGGUCGGUUCUGCGGUACGGGUAACCCCGAUCCAGUUCUAGCCAGUGCCAAUCAAAUGUACAUUAGAUUCGUGUCAGAUGCAUCUGUGUCAAGACGAGGGUUCCUCGCUGAUCAUUCAACAAUUUGCGGUGGAGUUCUACAAGCUGAUUUUCCCGCCCAAAAGCUUUACUCACAUGCCGACUAUGGGGAUACCAACUACGGCAGCCAGGAAGAUUGUGAGUGGACUUUACUAGCACCAGACGGCUAUUCUGUGAGGUUGAUGUUUAGAUCUUUCGACAUUGAACAUGAAACAGAAUGUGAUUACGACUCACUGGAAGUCCUGGAUGGAGAUUCGUAUGAUUCUGAACGAAGAGGGCGCUUCUGUGGACAUAAAAUUCCAGACGACAUUAUCUCCCACGGUGACUCCCUUAAACUCAUAUUCAAGUCGGACGACACAAUCAGUAAAAAGGGUUUCUAUGCCGAAUACCAGAUCAGCUAAAGAAGAAAACGCAAUUAACAGCCUUGAGGAAGAGACUAAACAUCAUUAUCGUUUAGGACUCAAGUCGUGUGUCAGAAAGUUGUAUCGACAUAUUGGCCCUUUUCGAAACGACUGGAUUUGGCUUUGGAUUCGGCUUAGGCUAGCUUGGCCCCUGCGGUUGUUUUGACU